CACGGGAAUAUACCGACAGCUCCAAGGGCAGUUCAGCUGCGGGGCUUUCGUGCAUCUUGGCCGGAACCCGUCCGUGAAGACGACCCUGAUCAGUAUACUCAAGCAAGUAAUGCCGGAUUGGCACUGCGAAGAGUAUUUAUGGAACGGCUACAACUCUGAGGACAUGGAAGCAUGGGACGAGAAGAAGGUCAUCAAUAAACUCUGGGCAUUCUUAAAAACAAAGAGUUAUUUUGUUGUGCUCGUGGACAUGCGGAGCAUAUCGACUUGGAAGAAGAUCAGUUGUGCUUUGCCUAAUAAAGACAAGUCUUCUGAUAGGAUAUUGGUUACAACUUGUACCAAGGAUAUAGCAGAAUCAUGUUGCAUACAUCCCAGUGAUUUUGUUCAUCCGAUGGAGCGCCUUAGCGAGAAAGAUUCCAAAACAUUAUUUCAUAGUAAACUACCUGUUUCAGAACAACAUAGGCUGCUUGAAGUUUCUGAUGACAUGUUGGAAACGUGUGGUGGCGGCGUGCCAUUGGCCAUAACUAUUGCAGCUGCAUUAUUAUCUAGGAAAUCUGCAUGCUUGCCACCUGACCAAUGUCAUUCCACACCACAAUGGACGAGAAAGGUACUGGAGAUCAGCUAUGAUGAUCUACCACUUCCUUUGAAGUCUUGUUUUCUGUACUUUGGUGCUUUUCCUGGAAAUCGUACCAUCAAGAAAGAUAGUUUGAUAAGAAGAUGGGAAGCUGAAGGAUUAAUUGCUAAAAGAGAUGGAGAAAGCUUCUGGGAAACAGGGGAAAGCUACUUCAAUGAGCUUAUCAAUAGGAGACUGAUUCAACCGGCAUUUGAUGAUGAUAAUGAUGAGCCGACGGGUUGUACUGUGCAUGGUGUUGUUCUUGAUUUCAUGGAAUCCUUGUCAGCCGAAGAAAACUUCACUACUGAUGGUAGAAAGUUGAAGUGUGGACUAUUUCCUUACGAAAGGGUCCGGCGAAUCUGCCUUGACUGCGGCGAAGAAGACGAAGGUGACGCCUUGUUUUGCAGUAAAUAUUAUUGUUCUUUGGAACAAAAGAGCCGGGAGGAGGACUCAAGCAGUGAAGAAAGCUCAGUUUGUGACCAAGACAAAGCAAUUUCUUUGCACCUAUGUCAGGUGAGAUCCCUUGCAUUUUGUGGGGAUGUUGGAAGGAUCCCUGAUCUUUCAGAUCACUUCAAACUUGUACGGGUGCUAGAUCUCAGUGAUGCCAAGGGCUUGCAAAACGAACAACUGGGAAGCAUUGGACGUUUGUCUCUGCUGAGGUACUUGGCACUUGGCGGGGCCGAUGUCACAGAGCUGCCUCAACAAAUUAUGGAACUUGACCACCUGUCUACCUUAGAUUUAAGGCAGACUGAGGUAAAUGAAUUACCAGAAUUUAAGGGCACGAAGUUGGUGUGUUUGCUUGCAAAUGAUCUCACAAUACCGGGAGUGGGAGGAGGAAUGGGGGAAAUGGAAAAAUUGGAGGAACUAUCAACGGUCUGUCUGGGUGAUGAUGGCUCACUUGCUGACAAUGUGGCAGGGCUUGUUAGCAAGUUGAUGCGGCUGCGAAUGCUUGGGGUGAGAUUUAGGAUUACGUAUAAUAAUACUGUAGAAGAAGCGGAACGGCAGGGCAUCAAGCAUUUGGUGGAGGAGGUGGGGAAAUCAAACUUGCAGUUCCUUUUUCUUGAUGAAUACCCUCAUCGUCUGCUCGACUUACUUGUUGACUGCUGGAGCCAUGUAAGGCCACGUUUCCUGGGGAAAUUUGAGCUAAGAUUGGACUGGCUAUUGUGCCCCCUAAAAGUCCCACAGGAGAUCUCUUCCCUUGUUGACCUCACUCAUUUGCAUAUUGGAGAAGGUGUCCGCGCCCUCGGGGGGCUGCCAAAGUUAGUCCUCCUAAAAUUGCAUUCACUGCGGCCACAACAUGUAUAUGGCCUCACCGGUGAACCACAAAGCCCAGGCCCAGCAAGGUUGUCCGUGAGCAGCAAGGAUGGCUUUCAGCGCCUCAAGGUGUUCUGGUACGUCUGCGAGCAUGGCGCUUGGACGGGGCUGCAGUUUGAAGAAGGCUCCAUGCCGCACCUCCGAAGGCUUCUCAUUGACUUCCAGUCAUCGGAGGAUGAUACAGAUCACUUUGUGCUUGGUAUCCAGCAUUUCUCUUGUCUCGUGCAGGUCCGUGCCACCAUCUACUGUGAGCCUACUUCAACAACAGUCGUUUCUGCCGCGGAGACCCACAUCAGAGACCAAGUGUCUCAGAACCCCAACAAUCCCCUACUGGAAUUCAACAGAAAACGUCGAGGCCGUUUGGUGAGGCGUCUAGGGCCGCUCUCUAAUGUGAAGAAGCCAUCGGCGGUGAUUGAGAUCCGCAGCCUGGAUCACUGGACCAUGAUGACCGAGCAGGAGGACAAGAAACUGCUCGUGAUUGAGUUCACCGCGAGCUGGUGCAGGGCAUCCCGCAGCAUAGCUCCCUUUUUUGCUUUUCUCGCCAACAAGUUUCCAGAUGCCAUUUUUCUCAAGGUUGAUAUCGAUGAUAUGAAGUAUAUUGCCGAGGCAUACGAAGUUGAUGGUGCGCCGAUCUUCCUGUUCAUGAACAAGGGAAAGGUUAAGGACACGCUUCAUGGCGCACACAAGGAAGAGCUGUUUGAGAAGCUUCAGCUGCAAAUGGCCCUAAUAAUGGACAACUGACUGAUACGGCAUUCAUAUCCUUGGUCGCCGGCCGGCCGUAUCAUCUGGCAGUGGCGCACUGUGCCGUGAGCUGAUUUAAUCCUUUCUUGGCUUGUUUGAUUUGGAUUUCAUUCCUUACAAUGUGUGUUAGUCAGACAGUAGUGAUAAUUAAUAGUCCUAAUAAUACUGUAAGCUGUGACAUUGUUUGUGGAGUACUCUUGUUUGUGUCUGGCAUAUACAUAUAAACCAUCGUGCAUAUGUUGUA